AUGGCGUCGGAGAAAGACGCGGCGCUCGCCGCCGUGCCCAACGACAACCCCACCAUAUUUGACAAGAUCAUCAAAAAGGAGAUACCUUCUACAGUGGUGUAUGAGGAUGAGAAGGUCCUCGCUUUCAGAGACAUAAAUCCUCAAGCUCCGACCCACAUUGUAAUCAUUCCCAAAGUCAAGGAUGGAUUAACCGGCCUUUCAAAGGCAGAAGAGAGGCAUGUAGAGAUACUUGGCUGUCUCCUCUACGCUGCAAAAGUUAUCGCAAAGCAGGAAGGACUUGAAGAUGGCUACCGUAUUGUCAUCAAUGAUGGCCCUAGUGGAUGUCAAUCUGUUUACCACAUCCAUGUCCAUCUCCUUGGAGGGAGGCAGAUGAACUGGCCCCCAGGCUAA